AUGGCGCCCUCAGACCCCCAAGUGUGUGUCAGAGAUCAGCUGAUCGUAACAGGAUGGAGGAGAAUCCUGGAUCAGAACAACAAUCGGGCCGACAUGUGUGUGAGAUCUGUUUGGACUAAAAAGACGGAUGGAGAGAGGAUGUCAGAGAAGAUGGAGUCUGGAGUCCUCGUGUUUACAGACGGCGCUCAGCAGCAAACGAACAAGACGAGUAAAUCUGGAGGAGCGGCAGAGACAGAGGCUCCUUCUGCUUCACCCCCACAGUCAGUCAGCGUCCUGUCAGAACCAUCAGCCCGGUCCACAAGAACAAUGUUGACACUCUGA